UGGUUUUUUUUGCACAGCACAGCCAUACAGAGCAGUGUGCUUACAGUAAAGCACCAACACUCCCUACACACAGUUAACCCUUUGAUCGUCCCUCAUGUUAACCCCUUCCUGCCCAGUGACAUUAGUACAGUGUCAGAGCUUUUUAUUAGCACUGAUCACUGUAUUGGUGUCACUGGGGAUGUCAGUGACACCAAGUCAGUUCACCCCCAGUGUCAGAAUGUCCGCCGCAGUCCCGCUAUAAGUUGCUGAUCACCGCCAUUACUAGUAGAAAAAAAAAUCCAGUAUCUAUACCGCCAUUUGUAAACGCUAUAACUUUUCACGUAAGCCGAUUAAUUGA